AGCUGACGCGAAAGCAACAACAUCGACAGGGUUCUGACCGACACAGAGUAGCUCGGCGGGCUACCUUUCUCCACAACGUUAGCUGUGCGCGUCGGCCGUCGCUGCGGUGCGUCACGGUAAACGUGUCCGGUCGUAGACUGUGUUUCGGCGGCGUUUUGGCCCGUCGACGUCCCUCGGACUGUCCCCACUGCUGCUAGGUGGUCCCCGCCUGCCGAGGGGUAACUCGUCUAGAGACCGGUGGAGCCCCGCGAUGAGUGGUCAAGGUGCAGCCGCAGGUAAGGGGACGAGCGCGGCCCCGGGCUGCCAGGAGAACUACGCCUGCGGGGGUUCGGACGAGGCGGCGUUCGAGUGCGACGAAUGCGGCAGCCUGCAGUGCGCCCGCUGCGAACUGGAGCUCCAUCGCCAGGAGCGGAUGAGGAACCACGACCGGGUUCGGAUCGCGCCGGGCCACGUUCCUUUCUGUGACUCGUGCAAAGGGGACGGCGGCGGGCGGCUCAGGGCGGCGGUGCGCUGCCAGGGUUGCAAGAUCAACCUGUGUUUGGACUGCCAAAAGCGCACCCACGGCGGGGUCAACAAGAGGAAGCACCCUCUGACCCCUUACCCGCCCGCCAACGCCUCCCGGGAUGACAGCGCGGCUUCUGCCGAGUCGCAGAUGGAGACCCUGAAGGCCGAGCUGGAGAAGGUGUGCAGCUUCCUUUUGGUGGACGAGAGGGAGGAGAUGCAGGUGAAGGAUGAGGACGACUUUGUGAGCAGACUGGGCUGCAGGUCAGACGAGCUCCUCAAAGUGGUCUCCAUAUUUGGAAACACCGGCGAGGGCAAGUCCCACACCCUGAACCACACGUUUUUCCUUGGACGAGAGGUGUUCAAGACCUCCCCCACCCAGGAGUCCUGCACAGUGGGCGUGUGGGCAGCCAUGGACCCGGUGCACCGAGUGGUAGUCAUCGACACGGAAGGACUGCUCGGCGCUGGAGCAAAUCAAGGUCAGCGAACACGCCUGCUCCUCAAAGUCCUGGCCAUCUGCGAUGUGGUCAUCUACCGAACCCAUGCCGACCGUCUCCACGACGACCUCUUCAAGUUCCUCGGUGAUGCGUCCGACGCCUACCUGAAGCAUUUCACCAGGGAGCUGAAGGCGACGACCGCCCGCUGUGGUCUGGACGUCCCGUUGUCCACGCUGGGCCCUGCUGUGAUCAUCUUCCAUGAGACCGUGCACACCAAGUUACUCGGAUCAGACAAACCGUCCGACUCGGCAGAGCGUCUUCUCCAGGAGCGUUUCAGGAAGCUCGGCCUGUUCCCGGACGCGUUCAGCUCCAUCCAGUACCGCGGAACCCGGACCUACAACCCCCCCACGGACUUCUGCGGUCUGCUGCGCAGCCUGGAGCAGCAGCUGGACAACAACACCACCCGCUCGCCGCGCUCCGCCAGCGUCGUCUACAAAGCUCUGCAGGCCCUGAGCGAGCGCUUCAGCGGGGACAUUUCAGAUGAGCACAUGGCCAGUAACUCUUUCUUUCCAGACGAGUACUUUACCUGCUCCAGCCUCUGCCUCAGCUGUGGUUCGGGCUGUAAGCGGAGCAUGAAUCACCUCAAAGAGGGACUCGACCACGAAGCCAAACAUCGCUGCCGCUACUCCGCACAGUGCGACAACCGCAUCUUCACCUGCAAGGCCUGCUACGAGGGAGGGAAGGAGGUCAAAGUGGUUCCCAAAACGACGGCGUCGUCCGACUCGCCGUGGUUUGGCUUGGCCAUCUACGCCUGGUCCGGCUACGUAAUCGAGUGCCCCAACUGUGCAGUGAUCUACAGAAGCAGGCAGUACUGGUAUGGAAACCAGGAUCCAGUGGAAACCGUGGUCAGAACGGAGAUCCAGCACAUCUGGCCUGGCUCUAACGGCUUUCUGAAGGACAACAACAACGCGGGCCAGAGGUUGCUGGAUGGAGUCAAAUACAUUUCUCAGUCCGUGUCGGAACUCAGCGUGACGCCCGCCAAAGCAGUCACCUCCUGGCUGACGGACCAGAUCGCUCCGACCUACUGGAAGCCCAACUCUCUUAUCCUGAAAUGCCACAAAUGUGCGGAAGAGUUCCAACCCAACGACGCCAAGCACCACUGUCGUGCCUGUGGGGAGGGCUUCUGCGAGUCCUGCUCCUCAAAAACCCGGCCGGUCCCCGAGAGGGGCUGGGGGCUGGCGCCGGUCCGGGUCUGCGACGCGUGUUUCCACAACAGGGGGAUCCCGACUGAGUUGCUGGAUGCUGCCCUGGAGGAGGAGGGGGGCACCCUCAUAGCCAGGAGGGUUGGGGAGGUGGUCCAGAACACUUUAGGGGCGGUGGUGGGCGCCAUCGACAUACCUCUCGGCCUGGUGAAAGACGCCGCCCGGCCGGCCUACUGGGUCCCGGAUCAGGACAUCCGCUCCUGCAGCGAGUGCCAGAGGGAGUUCUCCCCGCGUCUCCACAUCCACCACUGCCGCGCCUGUGGCCAGGGAGUGUGCGACGACUGCUCCCAGGGGCGCCGCGCCGUGCCGUCCCGCGGGUGGGACCACCCGGUGAGGGUUUGCAGCGGCUGCAGCCAGAAAGUCGGGGAGCUUUAGCAGGACGAGGAGGAGGAGGACGGCCGGGGGGGGGGGGGGGGCUCCUUGUGAAAACGGGAAGUGUCGACGUUUUGACGUGUGGCUCUAAGCGCUUGAGUUCCCUCCGGUCUCUUUAGUGGCGUCCUCGGCUGCACCUGGACGCCCCGUGGCAGGUUUGCUGUUUCUCCAACGUUGUCCCUUGACUAUUUCGCUAUAAUCUGCCUAUAUUUUACACUGUGAAGAAUAUCCGUCUGUGUGAGACGUGAAUAUGAAGAAGAGAGGGGAGAUAAAAGACGAGAGGGAGUGUUGUACCUGCUUGCUUGCAAUUGAGUUCAGGCAAAAUGUUGUGUAACUCUUUUGUGAUCCUUUUUAAAAUGAACCCCUUUGACAAUCCCUCCCCAGUGCGACACGCUAGUACGAUUAGCACCUUUUGUAGUCCGGGGCUACAUGUGUGAACUGUUUAAUAAGUACCGACUGUGCAUCAUUAACUGGUUCCAAGGAUGCAUUUUUCUGCCCCGAUGAAGCAUUCGGGAUCAACUCCAGGGGGGAAAUGGGUGGAGCUUGUUGGAGCAGAUUUACGUAGCUUUCCUCCUUAUUCUUCUUCUUACGUAAUCCUGUUCAGAUGACAUCAGAACAGCCUUGAUAACGCUAAACGCAUUGUUUCAAUUUGAAAUAAUAUACAUAUAUGGGGAGGGGAUUCUUUCAUAGGACAUUUUUUUUAACUGUUAAAAUUAUUAAACGCUUACAAAUCUGACUGUACGGGGUGUAAAAUGCAACAGGAAUUGCUUUAAAGGAGUGGCUGGCUCACAUGGCAACAUGGUCCGGAAAAGACUUGAACCCAUCUUUGAGGCUGGUCCCUCAAACCAGGAAAAAAAAAUCUAAAGUCGAAAUCUUUUAAGUCUUCCAACUCAGGCGGUGUAGCUAGUUCUCGUCUGAGGCUGUACAUCAGCGUUUAUCAGACAAACGCUUGUGACUGAACCCUGCUGAGACCCGACGGCAUCUCUGCUUUUAUUCAAGUGACUGUUAGUUUGGUUACUAUGGCAACUGAAAUAUCACUUAUCUGAAUCAGUGAACCAUCACCAUUGUUCCGAUUUCAGAGACCUUCAAUGAAUACUGAUGUCACAAAGAAUGAAUCAAUAACUUUAUGAUCAUAUAGUAUGUAUUAAAAUGCAUAAACUCUG